AUGGCAAGAGUGUGGAGAGAUGGACAGAAGAAGACGGUGUACAUUUAUCGUCUUUUAACAACGGUGCUUGCUCUGGAAUUUCUGAUGACAAAUUAAAAUACAAAUUUGACCUUAGCUCAGAUAGUUGGCUGGGGCGGUACAAAGAAAAGUGAGCGGGAAAAAAACAACGAAGGAGUGCCGCUUUUCCCCCUCCGCUCUGCUUUUUGCGCCACUCUCCAUUGUCUGAACGCCUGGAACAGGCCAUUUUGAAUGAAGAGAAGGGCUGAUUCACACUGAGACGUUUUUCGUGUUAGACAAGCUAAGAUAGAAAUACAGCAAAACUUAUAAUUCUGACGAUGAUUUGCAAAAUAAUACGGAGCACCAUCAAAGAAUAUCAAUAAAACAGAAACCAAAUGUGCCGACAUGAAUAUUAACAACACAAAUGUACAAGAGAACAGCGAGUAACUCAGUUUGUAAAUAGUUCACUCCAAUGAAAGUGGUCGUUGUGGGGAGGUUAAGGACUGCUGCGCUGACUUAAGUAGCCGUUGCCGAUGUUGAGAUUCGACUGUAUGCAUUUCCAUGGCCUUUUUUUUUUUUUGCCUUUGGUUAUUAUUUUUUGUAAUGUACCGUGUUCAAGGCUUCCUUCAGGUCUUUAUAUUUUGCUAUGAGCCCCAGUCUUUUGGAGUAGGCUACUUGCACUAAGAGGUCACGUGACCAAUGCUUCCUUUAAACAAUGUGUUGGAAUCUUGCUGAUGCCAAAAACUGACAGAGCGCAUAAAAAUUAUCUUACACCCGAAAUUUGAGAGGAAAUGCAUUUAAGGGGGAUAUUUUAUAGCACUUUGAUUUCUCAACAAAGUAGUAUGAUUUGUAUUGGCUGCCAUGUUGGAGGGCAUACUCUUGCCCUCCAACAUGUUUGCAAAACUACUUUUUGCUUCUAUCUUGUUAAACGUUUGGUAGUUAGGUUCAGAUGUGCUGAGAAUGUUACCACAUCAUCUUUUCAACAAUUUCCUUGAAGUGUAAGUGCAAAAUUUGUGUUCAGAAAGAGGUAAUUCAUAGUUUUAAAAACACAUUUUGGUCACAUGACCAGCUACGAACUUACUCAUUUUAAGAAAAUGGUGCAGGUUUGAAAAACUAAAUCAUUAUUAUUUUAUUUAAGAUAUGACCCACUAAUGGUUUUUUGAAGGCUAAAUCAUAUAGCUUUCAUUUUCAUAAAAAUGAUGUCACAUGACCUCUUAGUGCAAAUGGCCUAUUGUUCGUCACUCAAUGACAUGGAACAUACGUUGCUUUUGUAGGGAACCAUUGAAGAGAAGAUUUACCAACGUCAAACUGCUAAGCAAGGAUUGAGCGGAACAGUAGCCGAUGCCAAGGAGACGGUGAAGGUUGAAUUCUCACGGGACGAGUUAAAGGUGAGCAUCCAAUCCGAUUGGCUAUUUCUAACAUUUGUGUCGUCUGUCUAUCCUGGGUGCCAGAGACGUUUCCGGUUUCUGUCAAGUCUUUGUAGUGACCCGCUCUUGGCUUCGGCCUACCGCCGAAGAUGUGUCGGCGUUCGGCCGACACCGAAAAUUCCCGCCGCACGCGCGAGAAAAACCUCUGGUACCCUGGGUAUCGUCUGCCAGGAUAAAAUCCUAAUGCGUCCUGUUGUUAUAGCCACAGAACAUUACCUUGUUAGCGAGCAGGGCUGAGUUGCUCAAAGCAUGGUUAGCUUUAACCAUUGGUUAAGCAGUAUCAAAACCAAUACGUUGUCAAGGUAUUAAACGCCGGACAACGCUAACCAUGCUUCGAGCAACUGGGCCCAGUACUUUUCUGUCGUCUCUUAUUAAUUAUGCCACAUAAGUUGGUUCCAUCUCGUGUGUGUGGUACUUCGUUAUGUUACUGUAUAUUAUGCUUCAUAACGUAGUGCCCCCUUUGUGCUUACGUAUAAAAUCUUUUUUUCAAACAUGGCCAUGGAUGAAUUUCCUGGAAUUGACCUCGUACGGACUCUAUUUAAGUACAAAAAAAAAGAGAAAGGAAAAUUCGUCGUCGUAUGUUCAAUCACGUCGUCUAUAAAACGUUCCUUCGUGAUUUUUCACGUCGAAGUCGUUCAGUUGUAGUCAAGGAAAUGUACCAAAAAGCGUGGCGGAUGAGUGUGAACAGCUGUUGUUUUGCUCAUAUAACCCGUCGUCGUGGUUACUUAAGCCCCCCUCCCCCCACCCAAUACAUUCACCAACAAUUGUCACAGUACUGAUGUUGUGUUUCCAACUCACAGGACUUGUUUACUCUUCAUGAAAACAGUUUAUGUCUGACGCAUGAUCUCCUGCAGUACACGUGUAUGGCGUCUGAGGUGGGUAUCUCCAGUAAUGUUUUCAAAUGUGGGAACGGGCCUAUCAACAUGAAGGGUGUUGCCGUUGUUUACUCUUUGAAUAAACUUAAACUUCGCCAACGGUUUAUUGAGGAGCAAGUGCGGAUCGAGAGACUUGAACUUAUUGUUUUUCUUAGAGUAUCAUUCAUUCACUGGGCUUUUGGGUACUGCAUUUAUCUCUGUUACAUAGGGGUCUCGUCCAUGCAAACAUUUCUUUGCAGUUCUCCUCUUAUUCACUAUUUUGCUUACUUUAUUUUCCCUUCUUUUUGUCCUUUUGAAUAUCCCGCUAUGAACAGUCUUUGAUGCGAUCCAGGUAGGUAGUGAUCCUUACCUGGAUAAAUUCUAGUUAUGCCGGGAGUCAUUAUGAUUACAUUUUCUGCGUUAUGUGGAUAUUGAAUGCUAUCUGUUAUGCGCUGAAUUGUCUUUGUUUUGUCCUCUUUGAUUAAUCUUUUUAGGCAGUUUCAUCUUUCUUUCCCUCCUUUCUCUUAAAAUGUAAUCCGAAAUAACUCUCGGAGAAAAACCAUGAAAAGUGUGGGCGAAUUUAGAGUUAAUGUCAGAGGCUAGAAAUUAAAUGCAACCCGGCAUAUUCUGAGAAGCAUGAUUACGAACAAUUUUCUUCACGAUUUAAUUUGUUAUUAGUUAUUUUGAAAAAAAAUUCAUGACCUUUACCUUAGAAUAAGAUUUUACUUUUGAAGCUGCGGCAAUUUAUGAGCCCUAGGAGAACCAAGACUCGUUCCCAGAGCCCGUCGUUUCUUCCUUCCGCAUGGUUGAUAAAGCCGACGGGGCCCUGGGAGCUGUCUGUCACUGUCCAGCGUUUGCAUCUAACACAGGGACACAGUCACCUUGUCGAAAUAAACUGUAUUCAGCACUAAGGUAAGUGCACUUAUUUGACAAAUUUUGUACAUAUGCUUGAAUUUACUUCAUUCCGUUGAACUCUUUUUGUGCAUAUUGAGUAAUCGCUGUUUUUAUGUGGCCGGUAAUCGCGGAAUGUUUUGAAAACACUUAAUGAUCAGCAGUCCGAGAUUUCAAAUAAUCGGGGGUUGAAGCGGAAUCUUUGAAUCUUUAUAUUCAUGAUUCCUGUCGUUUUUGCCUCAAUGAUUCAUGACUCAUGAUUCACGAAGACUUCUUGAUCACCUAUUGAUUUAAUGAUUUUCUCAGGGACAACUUAGUUUCGUUUUGUGUUCUUUGGUGUUCAAACUUCUGCUUCAUUCAGACUUGGUAUCAUCAUUCGUUUUGUCUCCGCAUGGAGUUUUUCUGUAACUGAACAUUAAGCACAAGGUUACUGGAGAAACAAGCGGACUGUCAGCCCCGAAUGCACGAAUUAUAUAGGGGGGGUUGAAAAUUGGACUCUCGGAAACGCCAUAUCCUGCAUUCCCUGCAUCGAACGCAAUUAAUUCAUACGUGUAUUUUGUUGAGCUUUUCUCAGAGUCUCGUUUUUCAUAAUUACCAAGUUUUUAAAAGAAAGAUUCAUGAUUCUUACAUGUUUUGUUACGAUGAUUCAUGAUUCCGCUUCCAUCCCCGAAAAUAAAUUUUUCAAAUCGAAGAAUGGCAGCCAAUCCAAACUAACAUUUGUCUGUUAAAAAAAGUCAGGCGAUUCUUUACAGAUCUCAAGUCUAGCUUUGGUUUAGGCAGGGGUCAGAAAACAAAACCAUGAUGAUGUUUUGUGACAUUCAGAACCUUUUUCAGGUCGACUGCCACGUGUCAAGGUUUCCGGAAGUCCACCUGAAAAAGAUUUUGUGUCACAAAACACGGUCUUUGUUUGCGCAACCCAAACAACAGUCUUGAGCUCUAUAAAGUACUUCAGGAUCAUUCCACCCCCCGGGCGGGGGUACCAUAUAUGGGCUAUAUAGAUAUGUGCCGCUGUGAAGGGUAUGGUUUUCAAGCAGUUUACUCUGGGAUAGGGUAUAUAAAUCAGAGCGUUUGGGUCUAGAAUAGGGUAUCAUUUUUCAGGAAACUGAUCAGUUUGGUAUAAGGUUUUGUUUUUGCUAGACUGUGCUAGUGACCUCAGUAGUUUCUGGAAAACAGCUGCUCUAGGAUAGGGGGGUGGGAUUUGGGGAGUUUACUCUAGUAUAGGGUAGCAAAAUUCCGCUGAACUAGCUCUGGUAUAGGUGAAGGUUCCAGGGUCCCGGCGGCACAUCCCCACCCAGAAAUUCUUAAAGUACCCCCCCCCCCGGCAUUUCACCAAAACAUGAAAGUUCCAUUUGGUAGGGCUUUUUCGAUUUGUCAAAUUUAUUAAAAACAUCGGACUGUCAGUCAUUUAUUGUUUUUCAUCUUAAAAAUUAAUCAACUCAAUAUCGCAGUUUUAUUUAAUCAGAGUUCUAUUAAAGCAGUUGACAGUUAAGUUGUCAUUGUUUUCAGGGUACUGCAGAUUACCAUGUACGACGUUUACGUUACCAAUAAUCAAACCGAAAAUGUCUAUGUGAGGUUGAAGCCUCAAGAACUUUCUUCUGUAAACCCAAAGUUUCAUCAAGAAUUACACUCCCUGGUGAGAGAGGGCGAAAUGGAUAAAUCAUACAUUCAAACAUUCUUACUACGAUGGGGUUUUCGCUUGAUUCCUCCUCGACAGACAGUGCCAUUUGUAACUGUGGCUUGUAGUAGUAGUGGUGGAACCCUUAUGUACGCUUCUUUGUAUGUCCGGUCAGAAUUGUGGGCUAUGGAUGAAGAAGUCGACUUCCACAAAUUUGGAUGCCUGUUUGUCAGAAGUGAUUAUACGCCGCCAACCGUGAACCCAAUAGGUAGUUUUAGUUUUAGUUUUAGACAGGUUAAUCCUGAGCCAGUUUGGAUUGGAGCACAUGAAGGUGAUAAUAUUCCGACAAAUGCUAUCAAAUCAUCCAGCGGUUUGGAAGUAGAGUAUUUUGGUCGAUUGGUGAAUGGCGGGCCAUGUGGUGUGUCUGUUACCCCCGAUAAUAAGUGCAGUGAGUGGAAGUCGAAUACUAUGUACGGGCUCCUUCAGACAUCUGGUGAAAUCCUGCAAGCUACUGGCCAUCAGCUUUAUCGAGUUAAAAGUGGCGAUCCCAUACCUCCUAACGCCGUGAUUGUUGGAGUAAGUGGUACUGAAGGAUCACUUUACCUUGGAAGGGUUGGUGGUAAAAUUCCGUGCUCAGUCAGCACAGAAGAUGGAAAAAUUAAGAAGUUUUUUUAUCCUACCGGAGACGAAACUGAUUUUGAAAGUUCGAGUGGUGAAAUCCUUGUUCUGACAAAAGGCACUGCAGCUUAAAUUUUAGUGGACGAUCAGUAUUUGCAUCAGAGACAAGCAAUACGAUUUGAAAGUGUAAAUCGUUCGAUGCAAUAGUGCAGAUGGUAGCUUUAGACUAGUAUUAUGAUAUUUCGAAAUGCUUUUAAUCAAUUUUUUUAAUACUCAUUUUCAUUUUCUUGUUUAAUUCAGAUUUACAGUUUUCUUUUCUCACUACCCACAAAUAGCAAGGCUAGUCUAGGUGGGCAGCGUCUAUAUAAAACAAAUACGCACUCCAAAUUGUAUUCAAUUGACUAGUCAACAAAAGUAAUUUAGAGUGUGAGGUAUAUAGUCUGCUACACAGCCGUUUUCAGUGUCGUCACGCAACGUUCCUCCCUCCUUCCUUCCUUGUAGGGAGGAACGUUGCGUGACGACACUAAAGACGGCUGUCUAGCAGACAAUGCGGUACAUAAAUUGUACAAAUACUAAAGAGCAGAAGAAAAGGUACGUUAAAAACAAUGCUGAGGUUGACUGGAACAAGAAUAUAAAUCAGAAACCUAUAAGUUAUUAAAAUGAUUGCAAAGAUAAUGAUUGGGUGAGUUACGGACGAUUUUGCAAUGUUAGAGAAAAAAAUACUGCAGCUUAUUGCAUAGUAAGAGGAGCACAUAGAGAAAUCGAUAAUAGUCAAGAGUGGAAAUUGAAAUUUAUUUGUUAUUUUCAUUUCGUCUGAGUGCGCACAAUGAUUAUCGGCAUUAACAAAAUUACACUAAACAUCGGUGCCACUUCAUAUGUAUCAAACAAUGCUCAGUAAUGAUUAAAACUAUUUUUAGCAGCGUUAUUCGUGCUGCGGUGGUUAGCUAUGAAAGCUACGUUCCCUUAACCACUCUACACUUCUUUCGAAGCCGUUUACUUCUUUUCUUUUCUUCUGUUAUUUGUUAUUUUGUUCCUGUUACUAUCUGACAAAUGUAAAUAUUAAAUAACUGUAAUUGCGACCCAUUUUCAGCUCCUUUCUGACCCCUCCUAAUACGACAUUCGGCUUAAAAUGCCGAAGCUAUGCGAUACAGGCGACACUAUGAUCUAUCCGCCCGCCGGUAAAGUAUGCGAGAUAUGCCUGGGGCACCUCGUGUAGCAUUAUGUACCCCACCUGUGAUAAAUGUUCCUUGGCAGUUUGUAGAGACCUUUAGAUUUUACGACGUAGGAGAACGAGAUUUUCUCAAUACUAGGUUGUGCAGGCGGGUAAGCCAGCGUCAUUUGGAAGGAAAAUGUGAUAGCCGUCGUCACAGCUCUACUAUGAGUUUUAGCGAGAAUGACGGAAACAAGUUAUAGAAUGUUAGAAGUUUAUUAUUUUUGCUAUCGAGAGAGGGUUAAUCUCUUUCAAUAAAAUGUAACGGCGCCUCCUUUUCUAGUAAAUAUGUGCGAUAAAAAUGUUAAGUUAAAUCGCAGGUUACAAUUCUUAAGGUCUCGUAGAACAACCACAGCCAAGUUUUGUAUUUUUCUUUUACCAAGAGACGCGCAAUCCACAGUAAGAAAAUUGUUUAACGGUGCCUACAUAAAUUAUCUUGAAAUACGUUUUGCGGUGUUCGACGGUAUAGCUUUGAGGCCUUGACGGUAUCGCCCCUUUUAUUAAUUUCACACAAAUAUGGCUCCGGUUCUAAGCUGGAAGCAAUGCUUUACUUUUUCUUUUUCCGCAAACAGCGAGGUAUCGGUGCCAGCAUGAAAACGGAAAAAAAAGACACUGGCAUACUGCUUAAUUCCUACUGCACUGUAUUUCAUUCGCUUUUUAGAGUGAAAGAGAUAACGAAGAAUGCCAAUCAGAGCAGCCUACAGUCAAUCUGCAAUCGAGCAGAAAUGUAACCAGGCCUUGUCAGUUAGGAUUCGACAAGAACCUCAGUAAUCAAGUAUGUGUUAGUCUAGAUCUCCUACUUAACCGUUCUUUGUGUCGUUACUCAGACCCGUGUAGAGUGGGAUUGGGUAACAUCAGAAGACCUACUGCAGAGGAGAGUAAGUUUUUAUACGGUAUAGAUUUCAUUUAAGGCGUCUUCUUCAGCACUCAACUUGGAUCAAUUCCAUCACUCAUUAUCAGCUGGUGUGACGAUAACGCUUUGGAGGCGAGGCAGCCGAGCAGUUAACUUCUCUAACUUCAGAUUUCGUACUCAUUAGGAACACAGGAAGAGAGAACCUGGGAACAAGAUUGUCGCUUGACUUGAGUUAUGAACAUUUUGACGUCAUUUCUAUGAAAAACCGAACAAUGGAAAUCGUUGUCACUUUGUUAAAUAUUUUUCACUGCAAUAACUAUUUGACUGAGAUUCGCUUUUGUGAUGAAAUUAAUCACUUGAAACUUUUUUAAUUAACAGAAUUUAUCAAUAGCAGAGCUGAUGGAUUGGCAACAUUUUCCAUGUCCUAGCGUCCCUGCUUCAGAUUUUGAGGUAAAUACUGUUUACUUUGAAACACUACCAAGCUCUAAUGUUGAGUUAUAAAUGUCUUAAGUCGAUAGAUCCAAAGUACAUUGCCGAUUUUCUGAAUUUAAGGAUGUAUGUUAUAAUCUAAGUGAUAAUGGAAGUAACUUGGUACAGCCUCAUUUUAACACUGAGUGGAUGCAUAAAUCCUUGUCAUUCACAGCAAGCAAGUUAUGGAAUAAGCUCCCGUUAUAUAUUAGAAACGCCGAUAAUCUUUACGUAAUCAAAAAGGCUCUUCAAAAGUUAAAUUUAGAAUCUUUGUACUAGCUUUGACUUGAAUUUGUAACUAAGUUAAGUUUAAUUAUUACUUUUUUUAUAUGAAUAUAUAUUUUUAUGUAAAAGAUAUUAGAUCUUAUGUAUAUAUAGUUUUGACUUUUGUCUUUUACUGCGUUCUUGUAUAUCACGUGCACUUUCGAACGAGUGUUUUUGUAAGCUCUUAGGUGUUACGUGUAUAAAUAGUCUAUUACUUCUAAUAUUACUACUUCCCGUAGGGGAGUAGUAGUCUCCCCUCUCUCUUGUGUCUCCUUGCUCGUGCUGCUCCCGCGUUAACACCGAAAUGGAGAUCCCGCUUGCAGGCCUCAUCUGGAUCGUUCGAAUAGUCCCGGGAAACUUUUAGACGAUCCAGGCGACUCCGUUUAUUCCAUCUCAGUCCCUGAAGUGGUCUAAAGCACACAGCCAUAUCAUCUCUCGAUCGCCUGACGACAUUUUGAGACGAUCUGGACGAUUAUAUGGAAACCAGACUAUAUACGGAUUUCGGUUCUAUGCAAGUGAUUGGUAUAGUCCCAAUCACUCUUCAUUGUAUCAAAGGUGUUUCUAUAUAAAGCCCUAAACACAUUUUGAGACGACUCAGAGGACAAAGACGAUGUUAAUUACCAGGAAACUAUCAGAAUUUCUUCAAGAGUUUUUUUUAUCAUUUGAAAGGCUGAAUGAUGGUUAUCAGUUUUAGAGGCACCUGCGAAUCGGUUUGAAUAAUUAUUGUAAAUUGCGCUUCGAUGUUUGCAUAUCCCAGUACCAGAACAUUCUUCCUCGUUUUUUGACAAUUGCCUCUUUUUUUGAGACGACCCCGUUCCUGAAAUGCAGAGUUGAUACAUCUCUUCUGUUUUUUUCAAGGGAGGGGAGGAAGCGGGGGGAGAGACAUGACAGAGGGGUAGGGGAAAUGUUCCGGAACUUAGUGCCAGCGUUAGACAAUCCCAGUUUAUCCCCAAACCAACGAAUAACCUCAGUAAAUUUCUCGCAGGACGAGGCCGUGAAAGCAGCAGGCAACACAGUCUCAUUUGUAUUCAGAACAAAGAUGUUUGGACAAGACACGGCGCAGGAAAGAUUGUGAGAAGGCACUGAUGCACUUGUAUAGAAAGUUAAAUUUCAUAUUUCAUACAUCAAAUAUUUUGUCAAGUUUAUUCGAAUAUUUUUUUAUUGAAACCAGGGAAUAAAUGAGUUGAAGAGAGUAUAUUUAUCAUCGUGGGGCAAAAUUUGUAUUUUCUUUUUUCUUUCUUUUCUUUCUUUUUUUUUAUUAUGUUUUGCGGCACCUUUGCGUUCUUCCCAACUUUCCUCUUUCAUUUCGAAAGCUUGCCUUGCAGGCCCAACUGAUUACGCCGUCUCUUUUAGAGAAAUGACACACUUAUCCUCGCGACUGCAAACUCGCCGAAAUUGAUUGCAGAGUUUUGGAAAUCAGUAAGCUCGCGUAUUUGGUAAUAACGUUUUAUUCUGAAAACAGCAAUAAAAAAAAAAAAGGAAAAUGUGCUUUUAUACGAGUCCUGGCUAAAUUUACCCUUUAAGGGAAUGAAAGCGUUCUCGAAAAUGCACAUUUUCAAGGCAGUGAAGUCGGAUCAGUUUAAUUAACUCAUCUUCAAGGACUGUGAAAAUAGACUACAAACAAGUAUUAAUCAACUGUUUUUGGCUAUACAGUCUUGAUUUUUAGCUACAAUACUUACUAGUGGUAUAAAAAGGUACCUAUAUUACCUACAUUUUUUAAUCUCAAGCCCAAUUCUGCCAGCUUCUUUUGAUCUUCUUUCACCUACGAAGGAAACAGUAUGAAGAAGUCAUGGAAUUCCCUAUGAAGAAGUUCAACAGAAAGUUGUUCAAACGUGAUGAUGACAUGGUAGGGCAAGGGUGGUUCAGUGGUGAGAACACUCGCCUCCCGCCAAUGUGGCCCGGGUUCAAAUCCCGGCGUCGACGCCAUAUGUGGGUUGAGUUUGUUGUUGAGUCUCUCCCUUGCUCCGAGAGAUUUCUCAAAUGUUAGUUUUCCCCUCUCCUCAAAAACCAACACUUGCAAAUUCCAAUUCGACCAGGUAGACCAAAAACCAGCUAGUGGAAGUGCUACCUCCAAAUCAUUAUUUAUUAUUUAUUCAAUAUUUAAGUGGAAGUGAGUGCUAUUUAGUUUAUAUAGGCACCCCACUCAAAUGAUAGCAAACCAAUGUAAUGUUAUUUUGAAAAUACCGCUAUUAAAAAUCCUCCCCAACUGGUAGAAACAAAGUAGCUGCCUAGUUACAAGCGUGACCGAUGAGUUGAACUCGGUACUACUAAUCAAGAAACAUCUCCAGUUAGUAGUCAUUGUGAGACUAAAACCCAAGACCCCCAGACGGGAAGUCUGACGAGCUGGCACUCAAACAAGCUGCCUCGUUAAGCGUAUGAGCGUAUAUAGGUUUACGUCAGGUAUAUAAGUUCUUUUUUUUUCUUUUUAAUCAUGAAAUCUUCUCGCUCCGUUGGCUUUCUGAUUCGAUUCUUGAACAUGCUUCGGACCAUGUGUUCUAAUUAAGUUUUGUUGUGUGUUUUGAAGCGUCAUUGAUAGUUAAUUCGACCUGCUGCAGACACUUGUUGCCUUGUGGCCCGUCUCAUUAUGAUAACGUGCUUCGAAAAACAUAUCCCGCGCGUGGCCAAAACAAAUUACUUACGUGUGCAUGUGGAAUACUAAAAAUGUUCUGAUCAAACGUUCGAGUCAGUAAUGGAAAAAGUGUCUUCUCUGUAGAUUGCAUCCAUUCGAUUCCAUUUGAAACAAGUACCGUCCCACUUAAGAUCUUAUCAUCGAUUCUUUUGCAUUAUUUUCACCCGUUUUUGAUGGACGCCCUGUCGAGAAAGAAGCCAAACAAGAGAACGGAACGUCACGAUUGGUAGCGCUCUGACAAUUUGGAAUCAAAUAAUAAAAAGCUUGAGGGUUAUGGCGCUGGUGGGGUGACCUCUCUACGCCCCUCUCUCUGAUGUAAUAUUUGCAAAUCUCAAGUGGUUAGUGAAAUGCUGGGCUGUUUUCAUGAGAUAUCGCUUUGUGCGACGCACUUUGUAAGAGGAGGCGUCCUGAAGCAUGAAGAUUACAAAACAAGUCACUUCUUGUUUUAUUUUUGGAUUAUUGGCGAUCGUGUCCGCAAUUGAAGGUACAGUACAAGUUGAAAAAAAAUUACUUUAACUUUUAACUUGAAGAAAAGAGACGACAACAGCACCACCAGAAACGUUUUACUCGAUGGCUUUCGUACGAAUUAUCACUUGAGGGUUUAUCGUUAAGUUCACAGUUAGGACCAUUUUUUUCGAAUCUCAAUUGAAUUCUGUGGGCAGGAAUGUGAUGUUCUCCUACUGUGCCUUUUUGUUAUGGGAAACGCCCUCCUUAUCACUGUCUUUAAAACCUUUAAAAUGGGUGUUUGUUUUAGUUUCGGUAAAUGCUUUCAAGUCAGAUAACACUGAUAUAAAGGUAUAUACGUCAAACCCCGUUAAUACGGACACUGAGGGGGGCAUAGAAAGCGUCCGUCUGUAUUAACGGUGUGUCUGUAUAAAGCGUGUUGAAUUUAGAGAAAAUGUAAUGGUUUUCUUUCCCCUGGGACAAAUCAAACAGUCCGUUAUAAUGAGGUUUCUGUAUUAAGCGGGUGUCCAUAAAGAUUGGUUUGACGGAUAGCUAUAAGCGUCGAUCAGUGUUUCUGUUUUUUACUAUUACCAUUUUGUUGCUCAAUUUUCUUUGUUUUUCUUUUCUUCUUUUUUUUUACGAUUUGAUUGUCUUAUUCACAUUUUAAAAGUCUUUUCGCCAUAGGCUGUAAAUAUAACCGUAUGUCUCUUGGUUGACUAACUUAGUACCAUAAUUUGUGAUUGACACCUGUCGCGUUGCUACCUGUAAGACACCAUUUUCAAAAGCCAUUAGUAGAUUGGGAGGAGCUUCAAGUCGACUAAUGAAGGGAUUUUCCGAACACUGUCCGAAGGUUUUAUUAUCGUUUCUGAACAGUUUCCCACGUAGUUAACGAAGGUUAACGAAGUUCACUAAAAUUUCCGAAGAAGAUUUUGCUAGGGUCUCAAACGUAUUUGAUUAAGCAAUCAAUAAACAAAAUAUGAUAAAGCAAGACAAAGCAAUGUAUUUGUUUUUCUGCAAAUGUUCUAGGACUGCUCUCUACAUUCCUUCAUGAUAGUUUUCACUUACAUUCAGUGAUACUUUCGCGAGCAUUACUUAUUAUACACUUGAUUACAGAGGCCGCUCUAACUUAAGAGUCGAUUACAGUCACUGUCAUCCUUUAUUGUAGCGUAUUGUUCUCUAUAAAAGUGUGGCUGUAAAUAAGUUCCAAUUCCGCCGUUUUCUUGAGUCUGCUCCUUUUCGGGUCGCGGACUCAUUUUCGGAACAGCGGCUACUAAUCGAAUCUAACUAUCUCAUAAGUUCGGAUCAUUCAACUACUUCUUUCCUAAUAUUCUGUUUGUCUUUUACAUCCCCCAAAAUAACCUUUAAAAGCGAUUGCAUGAGAGGGUAAUGUGCAUUAUAAAUUGAGAUAAAUUUGUGCGUUUGCCCGGCGACAGAUCAAGAUGAACAAGAUAAUCCAGAUGUAGAAGCAGACGAGGCUGCUGAUGCUGCAGCAGCUGGUACAUCAAAUUUUCGACCUUCCACGCAUGCGCCAGGACCGUGGUUUGAACGCAUCAUGGGUUAGUGAUAAACAGCAUAUACAAAGUAAUCGAACGCAAACGUAGUUCCAGUUGUUGCUUGCCUACUCAGUUACGUACUCGAAAAGCGGAAAUACGUCUGCGUUCGCAGGCUAUUAACCAAUUUCUCGAGGAUUUUUUCCGUAGAAUGUUCAAAAUUUGCCCGAAAACUCCCCGAAGCCAUUAGGAUCGUUUUCAGAUAUUCUCGAACGUCGCCAAAUACUUCCAAAGAGUCCGAAUUGGCAAAAGGACGACGUUAAUGGGAUAGCCUUUGCAAGAAAACAAACACAAAUUCUUAAGUUAUCCCUUCAUUUAUGAAAUCUAUUUCUUGUUGUUGUUGUGACAGGCUUACUAGGUAAGUUUUUAGUUUUAAUUAAUACUGACUUAUCCAUAGGUCUUAUACGUUCCAAGAACUUCCGUAACAUUUACAAGAAUUACCUGGGUAAUAGAGGAGAUCAAGACUCCACUGACACCUCAUUUAACGAACUGUCGAGGCGGAACUUUGCCCCAGGCCCUGUGAAACAUGUCUACGUGGAGGAGAAGAAAAUAAGGCACCACCACCCUCAUCAUAAACGUCAUCAUCAUUAUCGACAUAAACAUAGUAAGAAUUACAUUGAUUAUUAUUAUUAUUAUUAUUAUUGUCAUCAUCAUCAUCAUUAUUGUGUCAAUGACAAAAUGCUUAAAUUUGAUUGGUUCUUAACAGCCCAUAUUGCUCAAUUUGGCUACUGCGACACCUGUAAAUGUCCGAUUUGACCUGUUCGAGGAGGAGCUUGGAAUUGGACGGGUCAUAUGGGACAGUUAAACAGCCAAUCAGAAUCAAUUAGUAAAUGUUACUAGUCAAUGAAAUUUAACUGCAUAGCCCAUGAUAACCAAUCAAAAUCAAUGAAAAAAUAAUGAGUGAUCACGCUAUCCUGCUUCAGCUUAAAAAGAAACAUGGACGAAAUUAACUGGCCCAGUGACUUUAAUUCAGAUUUGUUACUUUUAACUUUGACAAACUGUUAUACACUAUUGAUUCAGAAAGCCUUCAAACCAAAAAAAACGAGAGCGUUCCUGUAGCCUGCGUGUCAGGCGCAGAAAAGGAGAGGGGAGGGGAGGGGAAGAAAAACUUGAGAAUGAUGACUGGCAGCUUUCGAAACUGUCGACAUCUGUAAGGAUCAAAAUUUGGCCAUAUUUAAACCAUUCGCCCCCGAGAAUUUAAAGCUUAAAUUAAAGCCAGACGGGCCGUUUUUUGGUCACUGUUUGACUAUAAAGAGCCAAAACUGCCCAGAAACUCCUUUAUAGAUGGAGCACUUCGCCGCCUGCUGCGCCAGGUGCAAAAUAUUCCGAAGUUCCUGCAUGCGCAGAAGGUACAACAGUCUGGACUUUUACCUUUGGCUUUCCCUCCUGCCCUCUUCUUUCGCUUUUCUUGGCUUCUUUUCUCUUUUGUUCCCUUGAUACUAGGUUUUAUUUCGAAGUUUCAAUGGAAUUUUCAGGUCAACUUUUCAUAGUUUUCGCAUUUUUCUCUGUUCUCCUUGACUGAAUCGGGCUCAUUUUGGCAUGGCUGGAAAGAUCUCUUCCCCCAGAACAAGUUAGAUGGCAAAGGUAUCCACUAAUGACGUCACAAGCGACUCUGACGCACCGGCGGUUACCUGCGGUUCAGGGUCGAACGGGUUAAAGCAUUUAUUUCCGCUUCUACCGGUUUUUGUUUGGUAAGAAGCUCUUAUUCGCGGCGCUUGCCCUAAGCGGGCUUCUAUUUUGGAUGGUCCCUUACUGGAGGUUCAAGUAUACUUAAGUAUUAAAAUGCUACACUUUCACUGAACGUAAGACCCUUUUUUUCCUUUGCUCUGUUACAGAGGCCAAGAAAUGGGCGAACGUGAAAAUAGUCAACCAAGUUGGUACACGUGUCAAGAUAAAAGCCAACAAGAUCCUUCCAAGUGCUGUACUGAGCAGUGGCGAAAUUUUCGUCUAUCAUCGGUUUCUUAACGGAAAAGACCGAAAGGCUAAAAUCACUCUGAAAGCAACAGAUGAGUACACGGACAAACCAUUGACCAUAAAUGGAGUUGCCAAAUUCACUGUAAGGCCAACGACAUAUGAUGAGCCGCAGGAGGCCUAUGUUUAUCGAUCAGGUGGGUGCGAUAUUUGUGUUCUGGUCUUUUGACAAAAAGAGAUCUGUUCAAAAGAAGGUGAAGUUAGCAAAACAUUUUUUCAAACAGCAGUAAACUGCCGUUUCCAUAGGUGUUUCUAAGCCCCCCCCCCCCCACUUCCCCACUUAUGAGCCCCUCCUUGUAAGCCCCCCAGUUAUAGGCCCAUCCACCAGUAAACAAAAAAAAUACACCAGGUUAUUAGCCCCCCCUCCCCCAUGAUAUGAGCCCCCCUCUAGCUUGUAUUAAAAUGAAUUUGAUCUAUUACGACGUAUUGAAGCAUAAUUAGAAACCAAUUAAUGCAAAAUGUACUUUGAUCAUCACUGCUAUGGCUCGUUUCGAAGCCAUUUUCUCCUCCUGUUGUAAAUCCACUCGAAUCGAAGCCCCUUCAUUUAUGAACCUUCCUAAUAUCCCUUAAGAAGAUGUAUAAGCACAGGCUUUAGAGGCGGCAGUUUACGGUGUUACAAGGACGAAAACAAAUCAAAUGUAAGAGAUACUCUCAACAUCAAUUGCUUUCGUGCCCACCAAUAUAGCCGAGUUUCGCAACGUGAGCAGAACGAACUGUUCUAAUUUUUUGGCGGGCCACUGCGUUUGUAAACGUACCGAAGUAAUCGUAAUGAAGAAAAGAGGGUUAAUGGUAGCUUAUAUAGAAGAGCUUUGAGUAUUUAUGCUGACGCCCCUCCAACUGUAUUCUCGUUAACUAUAGACUCAAGAAGUGGUGUCCUGGAUUUUCGUCACGGCCACAUUUACAAGAAUUUAGGCAAGUGCUACAUGUUUUUCUCACUAAUAGUUGAUUUCCAGUGUCGCGUAAUUGUUACGAGCGCGCGUGCGGAAAAAUUUACGUUCGCAAAUAAAAGGGAGGCAAUGCAUGAAAGGUCGCUCGUAAGCGUAAAAGUUGAACCUCGCUCAACUUCUCGUUUAAGCUCAGCACUUUUUAUCUGGCCUCUAUUUUAUUUACGUGAUCAAAAUUUACGUGCGUUAACGUGCGUAGCCAAAAACGCGUCAGUGGAAAUCCACCUUAAGACGUCUACCUCACCAACGUACGGAACGUGUUUUCCUUUUCAAAUGAUUCAAACCCGGAGAAAUUAUGCGUCUUUAAUGCGCAACUUUCUAUUUUCAAAUUAAAAAAACGCAUCCGUGUGGACAGGCAGACGAACCUCCCGCAAAAUACCACCCAGAAUGCAAAGAGCGCUCACAAGAGGUGGUCGUCUACGAGAGGUUCUGACUUGCUGUUCUUUGACUGGAAAACUGUAAACGAGAAGCGAAACUGGGCCGAGUUAAAUAGCGCAAAGAAUUCUGGGAUCGUUACUGGGGAAGCGCCUGUCAGCUAUUGGCCAAUAUUUUUUCCCUCUCCCCAGUAACAGUCCCAGAAGUCUUUGCGGCCCAGUUUCAUCUUCGUUUCCAAAGUGGCGAAUCGUCGUCAGGUGCACAUGUAAUCUCGUACCCAGAUCUCCCACUUUUCAGUGUAAAACAGAGUGAGAUCUGGGUACGAGAUUAGUGUACAUGUAUUCUUUCUUUUAAAUCAUUGCUUCUUUCCUUAGGUAGCGAUAACAGAUGGUUUUACGUUAAACUCAUAAACCACGCGGGAGGCCACUCCAGAAUAGUCCCGGAUCAGAUCCUCCCGGCUACCACAGUUAAUGCCGAUGAAUCGCAGGUGGAAUACGCGCGCCUGGAGCCUGGGGAUGAGUACAAGAGAAUUGUGCUAAAAGCGUUUGACGCUAUGACUGAGGAGCCGCUCAAGCUUAAUGGAGAGUACAGGCUGGGCUUAAGGCCUGAUGACGCAGGGAAUGUUGCUAAAGUAAAGGUUACUCGAGGAGGUACGUGAUUCUUUACGCGCGAGAAUUCCUGCCACAUUUUCGUCCAGACGUAAAACCAGACUCAAUUGGGACUUGCGCACGCACGUUAAUGUUUUCCAUUUUCUCAAUGACGUCGUGUUACGUGCAUUUUUGUUAGAGACUCAAGUUCUAAGAAGUGUUUAGGGGGUAUAUAGUGGUUUUCUUUCUUCUACAUACCUUUCCUUUUAUUUUCUUUUAUAUGUUGGUGUAAGCGUUCGUGAUGAGACAAACUGAUGAUUUUCUGAGUUUCUACUUUCACGAGGAGAUCUUAACACGUUUUUUUGGUUCGAGUUUUAUUUGCCUUGGAUUUGGCUCAAAGAAAAAAACACUACCAAUUUAAAAAAAUAUUCGUCUAUAAGAAAUAUUACUGUGUUUUUAGGGGUAUAAAACUAGAUGGUUUUCUUUGGUGUUCCUGAAAGGACACCAACAUGGCUUUCCUUUUAUUUUCUUUUUUGAAAUGUUGGUGUAUAUUUAUCUUUUUCAUUUCCCAGAUUCUUCCUUCUGUAUUUUUUGCAUUUUUAUUUUUAUUUCUCUUAUAUUACUUAAAUAUUUUAUAAUAAUUUUUAUAUUACAAGACCCUCAAGCUACUGAGGCUCAAAGUGUCAUCGUUUUUUAAUUAAACGUUAUUUAUUGUUCGAUUGAAAUAGUGUUUGCCUUAUAACUGCUUUCUUGUAAUCUGAUUAGAUACAAUUUACGCCAAGUGUGAUAACUUUGUUCCAAUGGAGGAAGAUGCGCCGUUUGAAUAUCAGAUAUCAACAGGUGAUGCAAAGAGUUGGUUUGAUGCUGUAAGGACCUGCAAGGUAAUCGAUACAAUAGGAACCUUUAAUAGAUUGGAAGUUCAUGAGCUCUACAUACCGUCUAUCCUCUAUCAAGCCCCAAGGGGUGGUUUAUUUAUUUCAUGCACGUUUGAGAUGGAUGGUUUAUUUAACUUAGUUAAAAGAGGCGCUAUACUGCUUUUAAAACAACAAGAGGAAGGUGCCAAUUCUCCAAUUGGAGGUCUCAUAGCCGAAAAUCAAAACCUGAUGAGCCCUAAAAAAGGAAAAAAAACCUUUCCCUGGCUGCCGCUGCCCGUGUGAUAAGGUUUUGCGCAUGAGUGAGCUACUGGCUAGGGCGUGGGUUGGUGUCGGUGCAUCACUCGCUCUUAGUUUGUUUCAUACCGGAUCAGUCCACUCGAAGUGUUACAGUCAUGGUUAAUUGAUACAAUCUAUUUUGUUUGCUUUUGAAGAAUAAGGAGGAGGCGGGGGAAAACUUAAUUACUUUCUUCCCCUGAAAAUGAGGGUCUUAUUAAAGAAAGAGGGUGCUUAAUUGAUAGCGGGGGCUUAAUAGAGGAUUUAAGGUAAUCACUUGCCACACUUGUCUUACCUCUAACGUCUCUUAUGCGCUGGCAAGCAACAGUAAACAAUGAGAGUUCUGGAAAUAUAGCUCGCUUGAAAUAGCACCGUUGCUCAAGAGUUCGAUCUCCUGCUCAAUUCUUAAGGUUACUAUUAAUUGAAUGAAAGAGAAAGAAAUGAAAGAAUCCAAAAGAAAGGACUGCUAACGUGACAGGAUAGAAAUGCGCGUACCGUACCCACGCAAAGAGCCACCUUAUAAUGUGUAGCAAGUAGUAGCGCAGGAAAGUACCGCUCGGUAGUUUUCAUUUGAAUGGUCACACUUGAGAAAAUCAUUCGCAGGAUCAAAAGUAAGAUACAGUUUGUAAGGGACAAUAAAUAGUAUAUCACAAGGCAGUACUACUCAAAAUAGUUUUGUCAUUUGACCUGGACAGAGUAGCUUUCAUCUGAUUGGUCACACAUACUAAGGUUUCUAUCCAAACACUUGCAAAAGUUGGAACCAAUUUGUGCACCAUUAUUAUAUUCAGACAACAGCCUUUUGGGUUUCAUUUGAAUUUUGAUAUAUCGCUUCCAAGGUGAGAAGAGCUUAGAAAAUUGAUAUAAGGUUUGCGUCUCUCAAUUUAGGUCUGUGACGCAGAACUACUAAGCGUUCACACAAGAGAAGAAAACGACUUUGUCACGAAGGAGCUUCGUAAGUCUUCCGAAGUGAACAAACUGUGGAUAGGUAUGAGCUACUUGGAGCAAAGACGAAUGUGGUCCUGGAUUGACGGCUCACGCUACAGGUGAUUAACUAAAGUUAAAAUCACGCAAAUUUCAGUUGUCAGUGGUUCAGUGAUUAUCAGUUGUCUUAAGUGUAGAAUUUGUACCUAGUACCUAGUACUGAAUGGGAUAGUUUAUAAUCUCGUUUCCAGGGUCUCUCUUCCUUUUGUCCCUUGCAGCCCUGGGGCCCGUUUCUCGAAAGCCUUGAAUAUUAACGGGCCUGGAAAGCUUUUGUUGUUUGUAGUUAACAUCAGUUAACAAAACAAAAUGGACUGGUUUGUUAGCGAGAACCUGCGCUUUUAUUCUUUAAAUUUUGAUUUCAAUCUUUGAUUUCGGGCCCGAAAAGUUACUAGGACUUUCGAGAAACGGGCCGCUGUAGCGAGGCAGAAAAGAGGACCUUUCAGGGAAACGAGGUUAACUAGUUAACCGUGAACUCUUUCUUAACAGUGAACAUCAAUCUGCAUAGUUGAUCGUACUACGUUCAAAUUUACUUUGCGCGCGAAAAGGCGAAGGGCUCGCCCAAAUUACUAAACUUUGCCUGGAUGAAACUGCUGCUUCUUUCACUAGUAAUGUAGAAGCUGCUCGUAAGAUGUUUCCUCAUUGGUCGCAGAAAACAAUAACACAUCACUGUUUAUCAUUAUUUCCCAUUGUUUCACGGUUAGGGUAUCGAACAAAUUGUCUGUUAGGGUUAGUAGAGGUGCUACAUGACCUCUUUUACAGGCUUUCCUAGGGCUUAGUGGAGAGCCUGGGCCUUUAAAGCAGGGUACUGGAAACGAGCGAGAAGCGUGAGUGGGGGAUGAUGGGAACGAGCGCAGACCACGAAUGGGGAGUGAUGGGAAGGAAAAGGAGAGAAAGGGGAUAAAAUAGAAGCUCCUGAUUAUUUCCAAGAAUUUCGACCUCUAGAGAGAUUCCAGGGCUUAUCGAUUUAACAUCAAAUGUUCUAGGGAAAAAUCGAUUUUUCUUUUUAUGUAUGUAUCAAAAGUAGCUUUUUACACAGCAGCAAUACUAAUUAAAUACUCUUGUUAUGCUGCAUGCUUAGAUACCAGAACUGGAAAGAAGGCCAACACUAUGACGGUAAAGAUGAGCAGUGCGGUAUAAUAUAUCAACAGUAUGACUGGGGAAGAUGGGAUGAUGACAACUGUUAUAAACCCCUGGGAUAUAUCUGCAAAAGACGUGAGUACUGCAGCUACACAAAAAGCCUGUCUUUAUCACGUAGCGUGUUAAUUACCUACCCCCUUUUCGGUUGGUCGGAAUACUGGCCCCUAACCUGUGAUUAUUUUUGAGGGGGGGCGGGUUUCUGAAAAGUGCAUUUCAGUGCAUUUUGAGCGAUAGGGAAAUAAAUUUUAGCCAUGAGGAUGACACUUCUGCUUCAAUCGAACAAAAUCCAAAAUAAUCCCAAAUGAUGAUCCAAAAUAAAAUGAAAUACGAUAGACUUAUUGUCCCACUUUAAAAAAAUGAUUUUUUGUGAGUAGCCGGAACACAAUUUUUUUAAAACAGCUUCUCUGUUCACGCUCUUGCAUGGUCAAUCGUUUUCGAUCACUUUUCAAGUGUAAACGUCUAAAAAGGAGGAAGGUGGUUAAGGGAUUGUUGUUAAGAAUUGCUAAAUCAUCUUUUCUAAAACUACCGAUUUAUAUAUCGCUUUUAGCAAAUCAACUAAAAGAUCAUCCACUGUUCAAGAUCCCUUACAAACGUUUUGCAGUCUAGCUCUCUGAAUAUUGGCGCUAUAAGCCCUAGGAUGUGUGCAGGGAGGUAGGAAUUUUAAGGCCCGCUGCCUAGGAGAAUUCCACGUGCUUUCAAGAAAGGAUUUCUCCCUCAAUAAGUGGAGUGAUAAUUGAAGUCUGUCAUACACUUGCUAUUCAACUUGCGGAACCAUGUUCCGUAGAGGCGGUCGAUGGGGACGGGAUUCUAUGGCUCGAGGGACAAAGAGGGAAUAGUUUGUUACGAAGUGCUUGGACGCGUGCGUCUGUUUCUCUCUCGAAUUUUUCAAAUUAGUUAAUGUUUCUCUUUUUUAAUGAUUUUCAGAUCGUUCAAGGAAUUCAGAUAAAUCUAACAAUAGCACAAAAUCAGCAAAUGGGAAGAGAGGUGAGGAGCAGUUACUGGGGCAAUGAUUAACUGGUGCCGGAAUUCUUCCAUAACGAACUGAUAACUACAUCGGUUACAAGGCGUUUUGAUACAAGUCGUUUCGAUACAAUUUUAUUCAGUCGAGGUGUAAAUAGUUUCACGUUCUUGGCUUAAAGGAAGAAGAAUAUUCACCCCUAAUGUUUUUCGUGUUCACGCAAAAACCAUACUUGAAGUGGUCAAAAGUAGUGUGCAAUUUCACUGCUUGAGUUCGUAUCGAAACGACUUGCAUCGAAACGGCUUUGUGUUAAAACGACCGGUCUCCACUACAUCUAUUUCUUACUGAGUUAACGUUUCUUGAAACUCAACUAAGCUGGCAUUCAGAGCACAUCAGCGUGAUCAUAAUACUUUAUUAACGUGCUCUAACAAGCUUUCUCAAGGUUCUCUUGAUUGACAGAAGUAACUGAAAUUUCUUCCUGUGAAAUUUUUAAAACUGUAUCUGUAAGAUGACGGUAGUCGCAAGGGAGAAAUGUCGAUUCUAGAUUUAAGUCGUAUUUCACCUAAAAAUAUUGUAAAUUAAUAGAGUGAAGGAAGGAUUUCAUGCAAUAUUUUCUCUGAAACUAGGAUUAGAACUGUGAGCUAAUAUAAACUAAGAAAUAAUCAUGAUUACCUGAAACUAACAUAAUAGAAAAAAAUGUAAAAGAUAUAGCGCAUAUGAACACAUUUCUAGGUAGUCUCCAUUUUCAAGAAGUUUUUUUCAUAUAACAUAAUGGAUGUGACAGUUAAGCGAAUUUCAAAGUUAAAAUGGGUACAUAUUUUCACUGAGAAAUAUUUCCGAGUGCAAACAAGUAAACAUCUGUAUUAAAGAACCAAGCCAAAUCGAUAUAUUUCCAUAAUGACCUACUAAUAAAGAUUUUAAAACUAUGGCUCUGUUUUUAAUAACUUUUUAACAAACUAUUUCAUCCUCUUUACCGAAUUUUAUAGUCUUUCUGUUAUGUGAUAUUGUAACUGACAUCUAGACUACGAGUAGUCUCACAUUUUUCCUCAGGGAUAGUAGAGCGAGCGAAACGCGAGCGCGCGUGAAAAUCACCCCACGCGAGAAAAGGCGACAAGCGGCGGGGAGAGAGAAAAAUGAUUUUUCUCUCUCCCCGCCACUUGUCGCCUUUUCUCGCGUGGGGUGAUUUUCACGCGCGCUCGCGUUUCGCUCGCUCUACUAUCCCUGAGGAAAUUUGGGGCACUACUCGUAGUCUAACUGACAUCAGCCUCCUUGAAAGUUCUAUAAUUUUCUAUGUGGUAUAUAACAGGGUUCUCUCGAAAAUGUGAAAUAAAAGGUGAAAAAACAUUGAGUAAGCGGCAACUGUUUCGAUCGAAAGGCGUGUCUUGAACGUUGCAGAUUUGUGUGUAGGGAUAGGUAUGGGAAGUGGGCUACUUUCUUUUUUGGGGGGGAAAUCCGGGGCCUCCCCUAGGAUAAUUUUUAUCUUGGGGUUUCUGAAAAGUGCAGUUCUGUGCAUUUUGAGCUACCAGAGAAAAAAGAUCACCUGUGUUUAUCCACAUUUGUUUGUCCCACUUAAUAAGUUAUUUUUAGUUUUUGAGUGGCCGGCGCCUUUGUGACAACUAAAAGGCGAUUUUAUCCGGUCGCCGGAACUUCUGGGAACCCUGUAUAUGAGUGGGGUCUUGGAGUGUACGGUUGUAAAGCUCUACAAAAGUAGGUUUGCGGAAGGGUUCGUUUUCUAUUCGAGUCGCUAUUUGCUAAUUAUUUUGAAUUUUCCUUGUUAAUUACAGUAAUUCGUCCAUUUUUUAUCCCCCGUCGAUCUAUUUAAUUCGUUCCCAUGUCUACUAGCUUCUACUGUUAAUGUAACGUUGCAGGGUGCCCAAACAUUUCUCCAGAGUGCCCCUCCCUGUGCAAGAUUGUUAGGAUUCCCGGAUCUUGUCCCCAGUGUGACUGUGGUCCUCUUGUGAAAGGUUUGUUGUCUCACUGAAGAGAUUUCGGAAGUGACUAAAGAUACUGACUCCAUCCCCUGCUGCUCCGAUUGUAUUGCCAGUAAGGUUAAUAUUCCUAGCGCGCCUUCGUGUAUCUUCCAGAGCAUAUAAAAGUGAAUAGAAACUGAGCAAUUUUUCUUAGAAGAAAAAAAAAAAUAAAGUGGGAGUAUACCUCAGUGAGCGAUUGCGGGGGGAAAUGGUCUUUCCAGCGCUAACCGAAUGCCCGUAAAUUUGGGCAACUCAUUUUUCAUGUACCUGCGUGUUUGUUUGUUUGUUUGUUUGUUUUUUCAUCCGAGUGACAUGUUGUUUCCCAAUGGCACGUGUUUACAUGGAUACAAAGUUAUUGUCUUUUUUUAAUUAGGUUAUGACGCUAUGAGCGAUAAGGAGCGAUCAAGGGUUAGAAACCUGUUCUCGGAGGCUAACCGUCAAAUGCACGAGGCUAGACGGGCUGGGAUCACGCGUGCACGGACCAUUCGUCGUUCUAGAAUCAUGAUGGAAGCAAACCGGUUACAAGCUGAAGCAAGGACUCUUCAGGAGAUGGCUAACAUUGAAGGGAUCCCUCUAAAUUUGCCAUUCCAACCUCCCCCACUAUCCCUGCGAAGGGAAACGAUUUCAAAGCCAGAAAUGAACAUGGCUAGAGAAAUUGCGGUCUUAAUGAACGAUAUCGAGAAGGCCGAACAAAAACGCGAGAAAAGGAUUUAA